UGGUUCGGCCCGGGUUUGGAACGCAAUAAAAGCGCAAGACCUAAACCCUAUCUCCUCUCUCUAUAGCCAGGGUGGGGGGGCAGUUUAAAGCUCAGGGAAUUAGCAGCGAAGGAAGGAGGAGCGGCAGCGGCGGAGGCAGACAUGGGUAUCGAUCUAAAAGCCGGUGGGAAGAGCAAGAAGACCAAACGCACCGCCCCUAAAUCCCUAGAUAUCUAUCUCAAGCUCCUCGUCAAGCUUUACCGAUUUCUGGUAAGGAGGACGGGAAGCAAGUUCAAUGCUGUGAUUCUGAAGAGGCUGUUCAUGAGCAAGAUCAACAAGCCUCCGCUCUCUCUUUCUCGCUUGGUCCGUUUCAUGGAGGGAAAGGAGGAUAAGAUUGCAGUGGUUGUUGGUACCGUUACUGAUGAUGUUCGGGUAUACGAAGUCCCUUGUUUGAAGGUGACUGCGCUGAGGUUCACAGAGAGAGCGAGAGCUAGGAUUGAGAAGGCAGGUGGCGAGUGCCUAACGUUUGACCAGCUGGCUCUGAGAGCUCCACUUGGCCAGAACACGGUGCUCCUUAGAGGUCCAAAGAAUGCUCGUGAAGCUGUGAAGCAUUUUGGUAAGGCUCCUGGUGUGCCACACAGCCAUACUAAGCCCUAUGUGCGAUCCAAGGGAAGGAAAUUUGAGAUGGCUAGAGGAAGGAGGAACAGCAGAGGCUUCAAGGUCUAAGUUAUUGCCGAGGCUUGCAGUUAAUCUCUUAAAUUUCUAUAAGCAAAAGGUUUUGUUCACCCAUCCUGAAUUUGGGUUCUUUUGACAUCCUAGACAUUUUUCAAUACAUGUAGUGAGUGAUCCUCAAUAUCCUUCUAUAACUGCUCUCUUAGGAGGUGGUUUAUGUGACAUGCCUGUCCAAGGAUUUUAUUAUGCAUUUGAUUCAAUUAGCAGUUCCCAUUGGAGAGAAA